AAAUUGAGUGUGUAGACAAGAGGCAAGAAAGACACCAAUGCAUCAAAAAAGCCGAUCGUUUUCUUAAAUUUGUAAUAAAUUUAAUAAUUUAAGACGGAAAUAUGAACAUUUUUAGCUUUUUAAUAUCAUUCGUCUUUGUAAGAGUUUCAACUUACAGUUUAAAAAAUUAUAUAAAGGAUGUUGUCAUUACAAACGCACACAUCAAGCUUGCUUAUAAUAUGAAUAAUAUUACUACAAAAGAUAAUGUUGUAGCAGCAAAUGGAUUGGAGCAUGUACUUAAAAAAAUUAUUGAGAAAACUGACUAUGAUUUAGGAAUGAUGAAUAACAUGAUUGCUAUACCGGAAUAUCAAUAUCUUAACAGCUGGAUUGAAUGCAAAGGUUCCCAAGCAACUUUGCGAUUAGAAAUACAAAACGAGUUAGACAUUGCUGUUCCUAAAAUUUCAGACCGAAAUAUUUUUGCACAUACUCAUUUAAGAAGCUUAUAUUUAACAGAACUUGGAGAGGAAAGAAGAAAAUUUACUCAAACAGCUUUAAAAAAUAUAUUGAACCGGACAAUAAAUUAUGGAGACCCAGAAAAUGUGACCAAGCUUAUACAAGAAAGAACAAUUCAUGGGACAGACGCUUUAGAAAAUAGAUUUUUCCGUGCAUUAGCUGGACCUGAAAAGGAAAUAUCAUUAUUAUGGACAUGCAGUUUGAUAGCAUUGUUCAUGAACACAAAAUUUCCACGGUUUUAUAUAAAAGAAAUUGAGACUAACUCUAAUGAUACGUCAUGUAUUAUGAUAUACAAUGAUUACUCUAUAAAAAAAACAUACAGUAAAAUUGAGGGCGAAUGGUGCGAAGUUAUCGUCAACGAAUUAGGCAAUGAAGAAGCACAACCACUAAAGGAACAAUUAUUAUAAUGAUUUAGAUUUUAUUAUAUUUAAAAUAAAACAUUUACAUUUUGCAUUUUUAUCCAAGUUGUUAAUUUACAAUGGAAUGUAAUUCAAAAUAAACAGUUUUAUUCAUGAUUAUAA